CAUCUUCCUGAGCAUAUCAAACACAGCUUCUUUAGGGACCUCUCUUCUAAAAAAAACCAAGAGAAGACCCCAGCAACACAAACUCCAAAAUCGAGAACCCCUCUAGAUUUUCCUAAGCAAAAAGAAACGACCCCCCUCCCCCGUUUUGGAUCUCAUCUUCUUCUUUAGAGAAGAAUAGCCCAUUUUAAUUGCUUCUUCUUAACCAAACACCAUGAACCUCAUAGUAACCAGCCUGCCAUCAACCAUCCUCUAACUCAACGCUCCCUCACCACCAGAACUGGCCGAAAACCGGAGACCAAUAAGCUGAAGUGCACACAACGUGCUCGAGUCUCUAACCAGAAACAACACAUUUAUCAGUGGCAAUUGGAUUUUUGAUUUACAUAUUGUACUAUGGAUGAAAGCAAUUAUGCAACAGAUGAUGCGGAGAUGGUUGAGAGUUCAAGUGGAAAGGAGUUGACCACAAAUGGAGUGGAAGCUGAAGGGCGUUUGAAUAUGGAACAUUAUGUCGUGGAUCAAAACAAUACUACAGUAGAUGAUGGGAGAUGGUAGAGAGUUCUAGUAGGAAGGAGUUGACCAGAAAUGGUGUUGAAGCUGAAGGGCAUCCGAAUUUGGAACCUUAUGUUGGUAUGGAAUUUGAAUCAGAAGAAGCUGCUAAAGCAUACUAUAGCACAUAUGCGACACAUUUGGGGUUUGUCAUGAGAGUAGAUGCAUUUCUUCGAUCUAUGUGUAAUGGGGAGUUGGUGUGGCACCGGCUUGUGUGUAAUAAAGAGGGUUUUAGUAAAAGCAGACAAAAUCAGAAUGGACAAAGGAAGUGCAGAGCAAUUAGGGAAGGAUGUAAGGCAAUGAUAAUAGUGAAGAAAGAACAAUCUGAAAAGUGGGUUGUUGCUAAAUUGGUGAAGGAGCACAAUCAUCCACUGGUUGGUAAACCUGCUAAUACCCACAUAGAUUCAAUCUUGUAUCAAACACCGAGUUUGAGGCGUUCGGUUUUGAGCUCUCCGGUUGAUAGUUGCGGUUCGUUUGUUGUUAUGAUUUGCUCGCUGUUUGGGCUUAAAUUGGCGGAUUCAAUUGUACUCCCUCAAAUCAUCUUAUCUAAUUUUGAAGAAAGCUUCUCAUGA